UGUUCCAGACUAUCGAAAAGGCAGGAUGUUUUUGAGAACUGAGCAUGAGAAAUGAGUCAUCAUCCCUAUUUAUCCACUCGAAAGACGGUGAACAAACCAGUUGCUAGCUGACUAGAGAGGGAAAUGUAUCUGCUGAUCGAUCUUUUUCUGCCGCUCCUGGUAUUCACGCUCUGUGGCGGCAAAGAGCCAGAGCCAGAGCCAGAGCCAGGCGCACUUACACCGACCUACAUCUGGAGAGAUGACGUGACAGGAGUUUACUUUACAUGCGACAAAUGUCCUCCCGGAACAUACUUACGGAUGCGUUGCACGAAGGACAGCAAGACAGAAUGCGAACCUUGCCCAAAGUCCCACUACACAGAAAUCUGGAACUACAUCGAGCGGUGUCAAUACUGCAAUAUUUUUUGCACGGAUGAUCAGUUUGUCAGCGUGCAGUGCACCCAAUUUCACAACCGAAAGUGCGAGUGCAAGGACGGGUUUUACAUGAGACAUGGAUCAUGUUCGAGGCACAGCCGGUGUCUGCCCGGCGAAGGGGUGCUCUCUAAUGGAACAGCAUACACUGAUGUGACGUGUGAACCUUGCCGAGGGGGCUUCUUCUCUGCAGAUUCCUCCAGCAGGAAAUCAUGUCAGACGUUCACUGUGUGUACUUCAGAUCGCACCACUAUACCUGGCGACGACAGGCAUGAUGUUUACUGCUCAGCCUGUAAGAGGGGUUCGAUAACACAGGAAGAUGAAGCUAUCUGUGAUGGAGAGUUGAUGGAAUUCCUGGGACUGCAGAUCCUCACAUCAAGAAAGCACAAAAGACUGAUGACUGUGCUCAGGAGGAGUGCAGGGAAAAACUUCACAGAAAAGUCAACUGUCCUAGACCUUCUCACAACUAUUAAGAACAAACCUCGCAACAACAAACCUUUUGCGAAUCGAAUGCAUGAUAUCCUGGACACAGACGGGCUGCUCCAUUUAAGACGUAAAGUCAACAAAUGGUUUCCUCAUAUGACUUUAUAGGUCUAAUAUAUUGUAAAAUGUAUUUUUUAUUUAAGCCUAUAUGUGUGUGUAUAUAUAUUAUAUUUAUAUAUAUAUGUGUGUGUGUGUGUAUAUAUAUAUCUAUAUAUUACAGGUAUAUUUUUUCAGUUCCUGCUGAUGUGAGGUCUGUCUUUUUCAGAAAUAUGUCAAAGAUGAAAAACAACCUAUUGUGAAACUGUCCAUAAUAUUGUGACCCUGUCCUUUAAAACAAAUAAACACUCAAAACAUCA